GAACAAACAUUUAUUCUACGAACUUACACAUUACAAAACUCUCACAUUACAACGGGACAAAAAGGGAAAAGUGAGUGGCAAAACGACAAUUCGGAGGCUCGCCUUGCAAUACUUCGUUCUUACGAAGUACGUGUCGCAUUCAGUCUUCUAUCACAACCAAACUAUACCGAUAAACAGUCGUAGGAAAAGAAAAACGAAGAGAUAGAAAGAGCGAGUCAGAUAGCUUUAGAAUGUAGUGUAGGAGGGUUGAAACUGCAUGACGCUAGUGAGCGCAGUGAUACCAUGACGUAUCGACCGAGCGCGCCACGCAGACUGACGUCAUGAUCACGGCCUCAGUCAGACAGCGAGCACGUGAACAGCACGCUGGUGAUCACGCGGUCGUCGGCUGAUAGUACUCUUCUGAUUGGUUGAUUUCGGCGAGCCCCUCCACACAAUUGGUAGAAGUGAAGCGCGCCGCAUGAUCACACACACGAUCAGCACAGCAUGCCGAGCCAACCGACCUGAGAAAGCUUCAUUGCAUUACUAGACGUUCAACGAUUACGUCCCUAAGCUACUUUUCGUUUGAAAAAUAUCGUAUACGUUAGACUACAUCUUCUCGUCAACGGACGAGCCUCUUUAACAUACUAUAUACUCGUGCUACAUUUUCUCUAAAAAAAUGGAUACUAAUCAAACUCCUCUUUCACCACCGGCCUCACCCCAAUUCAAACACAUUGAACCACUUCAAUCUUCGUUCAGCGUUGCAGCACUUUUGGGAGAUAAACUUCAACAGAAAGCAAAGACCAAUAUGAACAUAAAGAAAAAUAACAAUGGAACUACUCGGCCUGGUUUACCUCCAACUCCUCAACCUUCUGAUUCGGAAGAAGAUGAACCUCUCCGAAAAAGGCGAUCUGUGGAACAAUGUGAAUUAGCAAAAUUACUCUUGGAUGGUACACCACCCCCGAGUCCAGAACCUGCCCGUGUAUCAGUGAUAAUGCGUGCCAAUCGAGAUGGUACCUACAGUCCUGCCAACUUGAUACCAAAGAUUACCACAAUGUGUUCACAACUAAUUCCACAUAAUUCACAACAGACUUCCAACUUACAGUUCAAACCAACCACGCGGCAGAAUACAGUGGAAUCGGAGAACAUACUGAAGAGUCUUAAAUUCAAAAUGAGUCUACGGAAAGAAGAGAUUAUUAUAAAUAAUAAAAAUACUGAUCGCGAGACUAUUCAGCCAAAAUUACAUCUUCUAGCACCAAAACCUGCACCAAUCAUGGUAACCGGAUUGUUAGGAUCUCCUUUGGUUCUUCCACGAGCUCCUCUUUUAUUAGUUACUGCACCUACAACAACAUCAAAUAUAACUACUCCAGAAUCAGCUAUACGACGUCGUGUUUAUGAAUGUGAACAUCCAGGUUGUGGCAAAAAUUAUUUUAAAUCUUCUCAUUUGAAAGCCCAUACACGGACUCAUACAGGUGAACGACCAUUUUCGUGUCCUUACGAAGAUUGUAGUAGACGAUUUUCAAGAAGUGAUGAAUUGUCACGACAUAAACGAACACAUACUGGAGAAAAGAAAUUUGUUUGUCCUAUCUGUCAAAGAAGAUUUAUGAGAAGUGACCAUUUAGCAAAACAUGUUAAACGACACACCAGAGAUAGAUCUUCGUCUAUUCGCGCCACUGGUGCUCAAACUAGUUCUAUCACACAAAUGACAUCCACACCUUUAAAAGUAAGUUUACUUCCUGUUAUAGCACCACGCAUAACACAAUCAACUCAACAAAUAAUUGCACCGCAAUUAACGGUUUAAAAAAUAUAAAGUAUUAUAUAUUUAAGCCGUAUCUAAAGCUGUGAAUCGAGCUUUAAUUAUUGCAGGAAAAUCAUUCCGACAGUGUGAAAAGAUUAAUUGUUUUUUGAUGGAUAAAAAAAAACAUAACAACGGAUAUUCUUUGUGAAAAAACUUUUAUCUAUCCCAAAUUUGAUAAAAACUUCGAAAUGUGAAUAUUUACAAUAAUAAAUUAUACUUCUAUGUUUUUUUAUGUGUACCGUAUAGUGAUUAUAUAAAAAAAAAAAAAUUAACAAAAGCGUACUUAAAAGGAAAGCACUAAAAGCACGAAAAAUGAUAAUUCAAAAGAUGAGGCUUUUUUUUGCCGUCCGAAAACCAAGUACCUAAGUGUAUCUGUGAUCUGUGAUGCAUAAGCGUGUUGAUCAAGAAAGAAUAUUUAUUUAAAAAUAUAAAGACAGUUUUUUUAUCAAUUAUGUACAUAAUUACAAAAUGUUACAAAAUUAUUAAAAUUAUAAUGUUUUUCAUUAUAUAAUUAAACUAAUUAUGGAUAUAUGUGUAUAUAUAUAUAUAUAUAUAUAUAUAAAUAACUCGCCAAUUAAACAAUGUACCAGACAAGUAAGACUUUAAUAUUAUGAAAUAAGUUUAAAAAUUUUCUACAAAAAUUAAAAUUAAUUAAAUAGCCUAUAUACUUUCAUAAAAUUAUUGUAAAUAUA